AUCUUGGUAGUCUUCCAUGUAUCAAAUGAAUCAUAAUUAAUACAAAGAAGGGGGCAAUAAGAGCACCUGGGACAGCGGUAAAUAACAAACAACAUUGAAAAGGGAAGAAAAUCAAGCCAGAAAAUCAAAAUAUUUUCCAUUUUCUUCAGAAAACCAAACAAGUCUGCUCCUUCUCCAGCAACUGUUAGACAAAAGAGAGAAAAAUCAAGAAAGAUUUCAAGCCGGAAUAAGCAGAUUAUUCAGAACUGAAGGAUAUAUUACAUGAAAAGUCAAGGGAGAUUAUUUUUCAUUCAGUAUAUCUGGAAGUCAUUUGGAGGAAAAGGUGAAUAGUAAAGCCAUGUGGAACAGACCGUAAUAUAGGCCUCUCCCUAUGAGGAAGAAAAUGGCUUGAAUGAAAACACCACUAAACAAGGCAUUAUCACAAUUCCAGUCUGGUGAUACAUCAGUGGAUUGACUCCAGGGAGAAACUGUAUGAGUGUCUAGAUAGUGGGAAAAGCUUCAUUAGAAAUUCUCACCUCUUGAGACACAAGAGCACACACGCAGAAGAGAAACCCUUUGAAUGUCCUAUCUAUGCGGAAAGUUUCAGUCAGAAUUCCAACAUCAUGAUACGCCAGAGGCCUCACACAGGAGAGAAACUCUUUGAAUGUCCUGACUGUGGCAAAAGUUUUAGAUAUAAUUCCCACUUGGUGAUACACCGGAGGACUCAUACAGGAGAGAAACCCUUUGAAUGUCCUAUUUGUGGGAAAAGUUUUAGUUGCAAAUCUACGCUGGUGCUACACCAGAGAACUCAUACAGGAGAGAAACCCUUUGAAUGUUCUAUCUGUGGGAAAAGUUUUAGUGAUAAUUCCAGCCUGGUGAAACACCAGAGGUCUCACACAGGAGAGAGACCUUUUGAAUGUCCUAUUUGUGGGAAAAGUUUUAGUUGCAAAUCAACGCUGGUGCUACACCAGAGGACUCACACAGGAGAAAAACCCUUGGAAUGUCCUCUUUGUGGGAAAAGUUUCACACAGAAUUCUGAUCUGGUAAGGCACCAGAGGAUUCACACAAGAGAGAAAUCCUUCGAAUGUCCUAUUUGUGGGGAAAAUUUUAGUCGCAGUUUCCAGCUAGUAAUACAUCAGAGGACUCACACAGGAGAGAAACCCUUUGAAUGUCCUAUCUAUUCAACAGACAUUGUGAAAAUUGGCGUCCCCGUGAUGGAGUAG